AUGCCUAACCACUCGUCUCAAUACUCUCCAGCCGCCAGGCUCAAAAACUGCGAGACGGGUAGCAUAUUGCCUAUAGUAGUCGGGGUAUCAAUAGUGGCAUGGGUUGUGUUUUUGUUUCUGACAUACAUCCGGUACAUCGACUUGUUGAUCAGCAAAUGGCGAACCGUCUAUCUGAACUGGAGAGCUGGAGGCGUCUAUCCAAACAGUGACGAUCGAGUUGAAGGGCGGGUUGGAGAGCAGAGCCCUUUGGUGAAAAAGGUUCAGAAGAAGGUCAGGUUUUCCGAUGAGAAGACCGUUGUCCCAGGGGCCAGAGAUCCUAUUCCGUCAUAA